UUCCUUCCCGGUGCCGCUCAGAGGAAGGGAGUCGUGACUGCCGUCCGCCGCGGUGGUGGGGGAGGUGGAGCCGAAGGGUGCCUGGGAGACGCCGCCGCCGCCGCCGCGGUGUGCGUGAGGGGGAGUGCGGGGAGCUCGUGCGGCCCUUGGCGUGGCGCUCCAUGGCUGUCGCGCGGACGCGCCGAGCCCUGAGGGAGCCUUGAGUUCGCGCCGCCCUCUCACCCCUCCCUUCCCCCCUUUCGCCGCCUCCCGGGGACCCAAGCGCUCGUUCCGGGCCGUGCUGGGCCGCUGCGGGCCGGCCGAGAGCCGCGCCAUCCCCGUCGCCCGCCUUCCCCGCCGCCGCCGCCGCGAUGGCGCCGCUCCUGGGCCGCAAGCCCUUUCCGCUGGUGAAGCCGCUGCCUGGAGAGGAGCCGCUCUUCACCAUCCCGCAUACUCAGGAGGCCUUCCGCACGCGAGAAGAAUAUGAAGCCCGCCUGGAAAGGUACAGUGAGCGCAUCUGGACGUGCAAGAGCACCGGCAGCAGCCAGCUGACGCACAAGGAGGCCUGGGAGGAGGAGCAGGAAGUGGCCGAGCUUUUGAAGGAGGAAUUCCCUACCUGGUAUGAGAAGCUUGUCCUGGAAAUGGUUCACCAUAACACAGCCUCUUUAGAGAAGCUAGUGGACUCUGCUUGGCUGGAGAUCAUGACCAAAUACGCCGUGGGAGAGGAGUGUGACUUUGAGGUGGGGAAGGAGAAAAUGCUCAAGGUGAAGAUUGUGAAGAUUCAUCCUUUGGAGAAAGUGGAUGACGAGGCUGCAGAGAAGAAAUCUGAUGGGGCUUGUGAUUCUCCAUCAAGUGACAAAGAAAAUUCCAGUCAGAUUGCUCAGGACCACCCGAAGAAGGAGGCAGUAGUGAAAGAGGAUGAAGGAAGGAGAGAGAGUAUUAAAAAGAACCAAAAUAUUGACAAAGUGAAUCAAGGCUUCAGUUUCCUAAACAAUGAAGAACAUAAUGAUAGAGCUCGGAGAUCUCCACGUAAACUUCCUACGUCGUUAAAGAAAGGAGAAAGGAAAUGGGCUCCUCCAAAGUUUCUGCCUCAUAAAUACGACGUGAAACUACAAAAUGAAGAUAAGAUCAUCAGCAAUGUGCCAGCUGAAAGCUUGAUUCGUACAGAGCGCCCACCAAAUAAGGAGAUACUCCGAUACUUCAUACGGCAUAAUGCGUUACGGGCUGGUACUGGUGAAAAUGCACCUUGGGUUGUAGAAGACGAAUUGGUGAAGAAAUAUUCUCUGCCUAGCAAAUUCAGUGACUUUUUACUUGAUCCAUAUAAGUAUAUGACUCUCAACCCUUCGGCUAAGAGGAAGAACGCUGGAUCCCCAGACAGGAAGCCUUCAAAGAAGUCCAAGACAGACAGCUCUUCGCUCACUUCCCCACUCAAUCCCAAGCUGUGGUGUCAUGUGCAUUUGAAGAAGUCUUUGAAUGGCUCUCCACUCAAAGUCAAGAACUCGAAAAAUUCCAAGUCUCCAGAAGAACAUCUGGAGGAGGUAAUGAAGAUGAUGUCCCCCAACAAGCUGAAUGCUAAUUUCCACAUUCCUAAGAAAGGGCCGCCUGCCAAGAAACAAGGCAAGCUUGGCGACAAACCUUUGAAGGGCAAGGGCAGAAGCAAAGGCAUCCUCAAUGGACAGAAAUCCACAGGAAAUGCCAGAUCCCCCAAAAAGGGCUUGAAGACUCCCAAAACCAAGAUGAAACAGAUGACAUUGUUGGAUAUGGCCAAAGGCACCCAGAAGAUGACACGAGCCCCCAGAAAUUCCGGGGGCGCACCUAGAUCCUCUAGUAAACCACAUAAGCAUCUGCCUCCUGCCGCCCUUCACCUCAUUGCCUACUACAAAGAAAACAAAGACAGGGAGGACAAGAAGAGCGCCCUGUCCUGUGUCAUCUCCAAGACAGCCCGGCUCCUGUCGAGCGAAGACAGGGCUCGCCUGCCUGAGGAGCUGCGAGGCAUCGUUCAGAAACGCUACGAGCUUCUGGAGCACAAGAAGAGGUGGGCCUCCAUGUCUGAGGAGCAGCGGAAGGAAUAUUUGAAAAAGAAACGAGAGGAGCUGAAAGAAAGGUUGAAGGAAAAAGCCAAAGAGCGGAGGGAGAAAGAAAUGCUGGAGAAGCUGGAGAAGCAGAAGCGAUAUGAGGACCAGGAGCUGACUGGCAAGAGCCUUCCGGCCUUCCGAUUGGUGGACACCCCGGAAGGCCUGCCCAACACGCUUUUCGGGGACGUGGCCCUGGUUGUGGAGUUCCUGAGUUGUUACUCUGGUCUGCUCCUGCCUGACGCUCAGUACCCUAUCACUGCCGUGUCCCUUAUGGAAGCUCUGAGCGCCGACAAGGGCGGCUUUCUGUACCUCAACAGGGUGUUGGUCAUCCUUCUGCAGACCUUGCUGCAGGACGAGAUCGCCGAGGACUAUGGGGAGCUGGGCAUGAAGCUGUCGGAGAUCCCGCUGACGCUGCAUUCCGUGUCUGAGCUGGUGCGGCUCUGCCUGCGCCGGUCCGACGUCCAAGAGGAGAGUGAGGGCUCUGACGGAGAUGACAACAAGGACUCGGCCCAGUUCGAGGACAAUGAGGUGCAGGACGAGUUCCUGGAGAAGCUGGAGACCUCGGAGUUUUUUGAGCUGACGUCUGAAGAGAAGCUGCAGAUCCUGACGGCGCUGUGUCACCGCAUCCUCAUGACGUACUCGGUGCAGGAGCACAUGGAGACGAGGCAGCAGAUGUCUGCAGAGCUGUGGAAGGAGCGGCUCGCCGUGCUCAAGGAGGAGAACGACAAGAAGAGAGCCGAGAAGCAGAAACGCAAGGAAAUGGAAGCCAAAAAUAAAGAAAAUGGGAAAGACGAAAAUGGGCUGAGCAAAACCGAGAGGAAAAAAGAAGUUGUGAAGUUUGAGCCCCAGGUAGACCUGGAAGCUGAGGACAUGAUCAGCGCUGUGAAGAGCAGAAGGCUGCUUGCCUUGCAGGCCAAGAAGGAGCGGGAGAUCCAGGAACGAGAACUGAAAGAAAAACUAGAAAGGGAAGCAGAAGAAGAACGGAUACGGAAGCACAAAGCAGCUGCCGAGAAAGCUUUCCAGGAGGGCAUUGCCAAAGCAAAGCUGGUCAUGCGCAGGACUCCCAUUGGUACAGAUCGGAACCACAAUCGGUACUGGCUCUUCUCAGAUGAGGUUCCGGGAUUGUUCAUUGAAAAGGGCUGGGUGCAUGACAGCAUUGACUACCGAUUCAGCCAUCACCGCAAGGAUCACCCAGACUCCGCUGAAGAGGAUUACUGUCCCCGCAGUAAGAAAGCAAACUUGGGCAAAAAUGCCGGUUUGAACACCCAUGGACCAGCAAUAGAAAUUGCUGUGGAGACCACCAUCCCCAAGCAAGGACAGAACUUAUGGUUUUUGUGUGAUAGUCAGAAGGAGCUGGACGAGUUACUGAACUGCCUUCAUCCUCAGGGAAUCAGAGAAAGUCAGCUGAAGGAGAGGCUGGAGAAGAGGUACCAGGACAUUAUUCACUCUAUUCAUCUGGCUCGGAAACCGAAUCUCGGACUGAAAUCCUGUGAUGGCAACCAGGAGCUCUUAAAUUUUCUCAGGAGUGAUCUCAUUGAAGUUGCAACAAGGUUACAGAAAGGAGGACUUGGCUAUGUGGAGGAAACAUCCGAGUUUGAAGCCCGGGUCAUUUCAUUAGAAAAAUUGAAGGAUUUUGGUGAGUGUGUCAUUGCCCUUCAGGCCAGUGUCAUAAAGAAAUUUCUCCAAGGCUUCAUGGCUCCCAAGCAAAAAAGAAGAAAAGUGCAAAGUGAAGACUCAGCAAAAACCGAGGAAGUGGACGAAGAGAAGAAAAUGGCAGAGGAGGCAAAGGUGGCGUCUGCCCUGGAAAAGUGGAAGACAGCGAUCCGGGAAGCCCAGACCUUCUCCAGGAUGCACGUUCUGCUCGGGAUGUUGGAUGCCUGUAUCAAGUGGGACAUGUCUGCAGAAAAUGCUAGAUGCAAAGUCUGUCGGAAGAAAGGGGAGGACGACAAGCUGAUCCUCUGUGACGAGUGCAAUAAAGCUUUCCACCUGUUCUGCCUACGGCCGGCCCUCUACGAGGUACCCGAGGGCGAGUGGCAGUGCCCAGCAUGCCAGCCAGCCACAGCCCGGCGCAACUCCCGCGGAAGGAAUUAUACUGAAGAGUCGGCCUCUGAAGACAGUGAAGAUGAUGAGAGCGACUCAGAGGAAGAGGAGGAGGAAGAAGAGGAGGAGGAGGAGGAAGACUACGAGGUGGCUGGUUUGCGACUGAGACCCCGCAAGGCGCUCCGGGCCAAGCAGAACGUAGUCACCCCAGCAGCCAGGCCCGGCCGCCGCCCAGGGAAGAAGCCACACCCCGCCCGGCGGGCUCGGCCCAAGGCUCCCGUGGAGGACGCCGAGGUGGAUGAGCUGGUGCUUCAGAGCAAGCGGAGCUCCCGGCGGCAGAGCCUGGAGCUGCAGAAGUGCGAGGAGAUCCUGCAUAAGGUAGUCAAGUACCGCUUCAGCUGGCCCUUCAGGGAGCCCGUGACAAGGGACGAGGCUGAGGACUACUACGACGUGAUCACGAACCCCAUGGACUUCCAGACGAUGCAGAACAAGUGCUCGUGUGGGCACUACCGCUCUGUGCAGGAGUUCCUCGGUGACAUGAAGCAGGUGUUCACCAAUGCUGAGCUCUACAACUGCCACGGCAGCCACGUGCUGAGCUGCAUGGCCAAGACGGAGCAGUGCCUGGUGGCCCUGCUGCACAAGCACCUGCCCGGCCACCCUUACGUCCGCAGGAAGCGCAGGAAGUUUCCCGAUCGGCCUGCGGAGGAGGAAGUGGACAGUGAGCCAGAGCCCGUCGGACAGUCCAGGGGACGAAGACAGAGGAAAUAGAGGCGGGGCCCUGCUGAGGGCGGGGGGGUUGGGGGGCAGCAGGAGGCCGCGAGGGAACAGGAAGGGGCAGUGAGACGGUUAAGGGAAGUGGUUGCAGGAGCACCAGCCAUGCCCUGGCGCCUCACGCACCCUGGACGACCUGCAGAGUUUUGGGAGAGCCUGACUCUUGGCCGCAGUCAUUGCAGGUAGAGCCAGCCUGGGCCCUGCCUUCUGGGUUUCCAAGAAGCGCAUGAGUGAGUCCUCUUCCUCUCUUCUCCCUGAAGCCCCUCUGGGCUGCAGGAGGUUAGCUGCAUGGCUGGGGAAGGGAGGGUGAGGUUCCAGGCAGCCUUCACCGCUGAAGCCUGCACAUCCCACGCCUACUCGCGCCGCACGCAGUCUGUUCACCAGCAUCAUGGCAUGGGGCUCACGGAGUAGAGGGUCCCAUCCUGGAGCCGUUCCUGAAUACCUCUCCUCUUGGUGGCAUGCCUCUCGUUACUGCCACCCACCUCCCCCCUCAACAAAACACAAAAAUUAAAAAAAAAAAAAAAAAGACCCAAACAAAGGCACUUCAUGGGGACCCGGUGACCUGCUUGUAAUCAUGCAUGCCCCUUUAAUCGGCUGGGGCUGCCCGCCGCGGGCGCCGGGCAAGGGGGUGAGGAGAGGCAGGAAGAGCGGAGACGCAUACCUUGUUUUUAAAUCAACUUUUCUAGUUACUGAAAGUUGCUUGUUUCAGCAGUGACAUUGUAUAAAGAACAUCUUGUAAAAUAUUUGUCAUCUCCCUUCGGCACAUGUACAGUAUGGUUUAUAUGAUGGCGUGUUUGCUUAACUCCCUGUCCUUGACCCAUGUACCACCUGCCCACCAGGAGGCGACACUGGGACUGUCCUGCCUGCCUGCCAGCAACUACAGUGGCUGCUUCCGCCUCUUCCGUCCACAUCCCCCUCCUCUGUCCUCAGGGCCAGGAGGGAGGGCCGGGAAAGGCCCCACCAGCCCCCCGGCACUCACUGGUAGUGGGAGGCUAGGCUUGGUGGUCUUCUCUCCUUGAUGACAGAUUUUACUAGAAAUAUAGUACAGGGUUUUCUUUGCUUUUCUAUCAACCUGGAAUCUGGAAGGCUGGAGCCCCUUGACCUUCAUGUCUGCACUGCAGUGAAAGGAGCCGGUUCCCUGGUGGGGACUGUGCAUGGGGGACUUGGGCGUGAGGCCGCCCAGGGGCAGCCCACAUGUCCCCGGGAUCCCUUCGCUGGCCCCUGUCCCACAGCCACCGCUGCCUUCCCGCCUCUGUCCUAGAUCCAGUCUGUCCUUGUUCGUAGUGCGAUUCCUGCGUUCCCACUUAAGUGACACCGGAACCAUUUUGUUUUUUUAAGCUGUCCCUAAGGAGGAAGGGCCCCAUUAAAGGGUGAACUUGUAAUAAAUUGGAAUUUCAAAUAAACAUUAUGUACUUGUGUUUAUAAA